AUGGCGGUAAAUAGUGCCACGUCCUUCGUAUUAUCCAGCAUUCUUACCCUUUUGAUAUUUUCUGGAAUGCAAAUGUAUAAGCCAAUUCUGAUAAAAUCACCAAUAACAAUCAUAUUUGGAGGCUACCUUGGAUCACUUAUGUUUAUGUUUAUUGUGACAGCAGUUGGAAACCUAGAAGCUACUUUGUUUGGUAAGAAUUUUCAACUGAAACUUCCAGAAAUUGUUUUAUCAAUGGCAAUAUCACUCAUUGCAGCCGGCAUGGUUCAUAGGAUUUGUUUUACAACAUGUUUAAUAUUUUCUCUUAUAACUAUCUACUACAUGAACAAGCUGUCACAGAAAACAUAUGUUGCUGCUGUUCCUGCUGCCGUUCCUGUAAAAUCUCGCAGACAUAAAUAA